GCGUUGCUCCGGGGCCGCCGCCAGGCGCUCGUGCGGGCUGCGCUGGGAGCCGGGCGGUCGGGCGGCGGCGGCGGCGGCGGCGGCGGCGGCGGCGGGCGGCGCCCCGGGUCCGCGGCGCCCUGGUCCGCGGCGCCGAGGCUCGCACCGGGAGCUGCCCAUGGGCCGGGCCCGGAGUUCCGGCGCGCCGGGAGCCGGCAGACAUGCCACAGACGCUGAGUGCCUCCGACAUGGUCACCCCAGGCAGCCUCAGCCCACCCGCCACCGAGCCCACAGAUGGCGAACAGGCUGGGCAGCCCCUCCUGGAUGGAGCUCCAUCCUCAGCCUCCCUGGAAACACUGAUCCAGCACCUGGUGCCCACAGCCGACUACUACCCCGAGAAAGCCUACAUCUUCACCUUCCUGCUGAGCUCUCGCCUCUUCAUCGAGCCCCGGGAGCUCCUGGCCCGGGUCUGCCACCUGUGCAUCGAGCAGCAGCAGCUGGACAAGCCGGUGCUGGACAAGGCCCGGGUCCGGAAGUUCGGCCCCAAACUGCUGCAGCUGUUGGCCGAGUGGACCGAGACCUUCCCAAGGGACUUCCAGGAGGAGUCGACUAUCGGGCACCUUAAGGACGUCGUGGGCCGCAUCGCCCCCUGUGACGAGGCAUACCGGAAGAGGAUGCAUCAGCUCCUACAGGCUCUGCACCAGAAGCUGGCGGCUCUGCGCCAGGGGCCAGAAGGUCUGGUGGGUGCCGACAAGCCCAUCUCCUACAGGACCAAGCCGCCAGCCUCCAUCCACAGGGAGCUCCUUGGUGUCUGCAGCGACCCCUACACACUGGCCCAGCAGCUGACCCACGUGGAACUGGAGCGGCUGCGGCACAUCGGGCCUGAGGAGUUUGUCCAGGCCUUUGUGAACAAGGACCCUCUGGCCAGCACAAAGCCCUGCUUCAGUGACAAGACCAGCAACCUGGAGGCUUACGUGAAAUGGUUCAACAGGCUGUGCUACCUGGUGGCAACUGAGAUCUGCAUGCCAGCCAAGAAGAAGCAGAGGGCCCAGGUGAUUGAGUUCUUCAUCGACGUGGCCCGCGAGUGCUUCAACAUCGGCAACUUCAACUCCCUCAUGGCCAUCAUCUCCGGCAUGAACAUGAGCCCUGUCUCCAGGCUGAAGAAGACCUGGGCCAAAGUGAGGACAGCCAAGUUUUUCAUCCUCGAGCACCAGAUGGACCCAACGGGGAAUUUCUGCAACUACAGGACAGCCCUGCGAGGGGCGGCCCACCGCUCCCUGACGGCCCACAGCAGCCGAGAGAAGAUUGUCAUUCCUUUCUUCAGCCUGCUCAUCAAAGACAUCUACUUCCUGAAUGAGGGCUGCGCCAACCGCCUUCCCAAUGGACACGUCAACUUUGAGAAAUUCCUGGAGCUGGCCAAGCAGGUGGGGGAGUUCAUCACCUGGAAACAAGUGGAGUGUCCCUUCGAGCAAGACCCCAGCAUCACCCACUACCUGUACACCGCCCCCAUCUUCAGUGAGGAUGGUCUUUAUUUGGCUUCUUAUGAAAGUGAGAGCCCAGAGAACCAAACAGAAAAAGAAAGAUGGAAAGCUCUAAGAUCUUCUAUUUUGGGGAAGACAUGAAAGCGCUGAGCUGAGGGACGAGGAAGAGAUGGAGCCCGCAGAAGCCGUCCACAGCCCUGCCUCAGUGGCCCAGCGGGCAGAGGCCGGGGAAUGCCUCACUAUUUUGCAAAUGCUGACCCUGUGGCCUGCUGCCCCCCUCCACAGUGGCCAUACGGGCACAGGAGACCUUUUAUGGGACUUUGGCCCUGGCAGGACCCAGGGCCUCCAGACGUGCGGGCGGCACAUGCCUUGGGGACAUCCUGCCUUCAGGACCGUGGGGCCUGGUCAGUCUGUCCAUUCUCGGCAAGGACACAACACUGCCCCAGAGGGUGGGACCCCUGCAAGCUCGAGACCUUGCUUGGUGACAUGUGCCACUUUGGCCACCACCCACAGUCUGUCACCAGGUGGCUUGGGAACUUCUGGAGCCACAGCAGGCAUCACGGUGCGACGUGAGAUGCCUGCGCCAGCCCCGAGCCCACCGGCAGCCACUGCCAUUCCGCCCAUGGUCCCUCACCCUGCCCUGCCGACGAGCUUGUCUCUGCAGCCCCAGGUACCCCCUUCCUGGAUGCUGCUGGCCCCAGGAGAUGGCUUUCUGGUGACAGCUGUGGAACGCGUCAGCAGGACAAACUGGACACAUGGAGUUACAGUGUACACGGCAGUCCCGCCACCCAGCCCCCUUGUAAACUCUAGUCGCUAUAAACACACCCGUACGCCUAUCCAUGUCCACCCCAUGUCCACCCCAUGGCAGGUUUUCAACUCAGCCCGGGGACUGUUGUAGCCACAGUUCAGGCAUGGGACUGGGUAACUGUUUCCCAUCCAGAGACCCCGUGUCGUGCUCACAGAGCCUGGUGCGUGGUGGAUGCUCAGUUAACCUUUGGUGAGCGAUACCCACAGCCUUGCCUGGUGCCCCUUGUCUAGAGCAGGGCAUGAGGAAGCCAACAAAACUCCCUUGGCCCACCAGCAGGCCCCUCCCACAGCCCCACCCUGUCUGUUUCCAGCCCCUCACAAACUGAGCCAGCAAGCAGUGGGCCGGGGAGCAGCUGAGACCCCACCUGACACGUGACAAGGUCAUCUAGCCAGGAAGUCAGGGAGUGCAAUUUGCACCCCCUUUGCUGGUCAGGGCCUGCUGGGUGGCGGAUGGGUUGAGGAGGGAGCGCUGGGGUGCACUGACCCACCCUGGCCCGCUCUAGGCCAUGUCAGGCCCCUCAGUGGUGGAGUCCCACUCAGUAUCAGACUUGGCUGUCCUAGACUUGGGUCCUGUCUGGGGAACGGGCAGAGACAGGGCCACCAGCAGCCGGUGCCUCAGCCAACUCAGGGAUUCUGCUUGGUGAGCCAGGACCACAGCAAGGCCCCAGAAGGGCCCGGCAGAGGCACGGGGCCUGCACAUCGGGGCCAAGCAGAAUCUGCCCUGCACCACUCCAGCCCACCUCUUCCAUCUGAGACCCCAGGGACGGCAAGCAGUGUGGAGAGGUGGGGGCAGGGCUCCCGCAGGGCCUGGGCAGAGCCCUGGGGGCCAAACCCCAGGAGUUUGGGGGGUUCCAGGAGCUGGUUAGAGCCAUUGUCUCACCCUCACCCCUACCUGGCACCCUCAGUCCCUGGCACCCCUUGGGCAACAUGAGAAAAGCCCCCUCCAGAGGUCAGCUGGGAUCGUCCCUGCCUCCUGGCCACACCAGUAUGCUGUUCCCACUGCCUGACAUGCUGUUCCCAACCUUGUCGAUCCAGUCACAGCUGCAGCCUCAGGUGCAGGGCCCAUCUCCCAGAAGCCGUUCCUGGCAGCAGCCCCCCAGUGGCCCAGCGCAGGAUGGGUAUCAGGAGGAUGGCCAGGUGAAGCUGGGUGCCCCGAGGCUCACCCCAGCAGGGGAGGCUCUGGGGCAGGAGGGAAGGAGGCAGCCCACAGCCAGCCCCGUGGAGAAGGCAGGGCUGGGGGCUCAGGCUGAGCACAUUUGUGCCUCAGGAUCCUCCAGGGGGCCUUCAACCUGGCUCUGCACCCCUCUGAGCAGCUGCUGUGUGCCAGGCCCUGGUGCGGCCAGAGGGCGUGAGCUCCCUCAGAGAACCCACCCAGACACGGUGUGGCUUCUCCAGGUGCAGCCUCGGAGCCCAGGGAGGCCUUGCUCACAGCCACACGGUCUGCUCCUUGGCUCAUGGCCCUUCCCUGCAGAGGCGUCUUUGUCCUCCUGUAGUCCUGGCUCCAGCGUCAUGGCCAGCCAGAUGGGACGGCCCCCGGGGCUCCACAGGGCAGGGCCUGUGCCUGUGGGGCAGGUGUCAGCAGCGCAGGUGGUGCCCCGGACUAAUGCCUGUGAGCUCGGCGUGGCACCAGGUGAUGCGAACCCCUAACGCCACUCAGUCGAACCGCAGGCACGAGGCGAGGCCUGGCCAUGGGCUCUCCUUCACCGCCUGGGCUUCUUCUCCAGGGAGGGAGCCGGGGUGGCGUGGAGGCUGCAGACCGGAAGAUUCUUCCCUGACUGGGGCUUGCCUCAGAGGCCCUGGGCCUGGCUGGGGUUCCAAAUUGAUUUAUUCUCACAUGGGGGACCCCUGGGUUCUCUGAAAUCCCUGCCCCCCAUCACUGCAUCACUGGGCACUGCCGCCCACCCCAAGCAAUUCCUUGGGAAAUGGUGUCUUGGUUCUGGCUGCUGUAAUAAUACCAGAGGCUGGUAAUUCAUACACAACGGGAAUGCGUUGCUCACAGUUCUGGGGGCUGGGAAGUCCAAGAUGAAGGCACCGGCUGAUUCAGUGUCCGGCCCCUCACAGGUAGUGCCGCCUGCGUGCCCUCACACGGAAGGGGGUUGCAGCUGCCUCCAGCCCCUCUUAUGAGGGCGCUAAGCCCAUUCACAAGGGCACCACCCCCAUGACUUACCCACUCCCCAAAAGACCCCACCUCUUAAUACCCUCACACUGGGGAUUCCGCUUCAACAUGGGAAUUUGGGGGUCACCAGCAUUAGACCACAGCAGGCAUCUCCAUCGUGGCCAGCAACUUAGCCUGGGAACCCAGCCGCAUCCAGUCCUUCAAAAAGUCCAUGCAGCCCCCAGAGCAGAACCCCAGAUAACCUCAGAGGUGUGAGUAGGGCUGCCCCAGGGACUGUUAGCAGUCUCUUCCCUAACAACUCAGGGACAGAUAAACAAAUGCUGACAUGGCCCCUCAUCCUUCACAUCCCUCAGGCAGGCGUCAGACCUCAAGCCUCUGCAUCUCCCAACCCUGCAGGUCUCCUGAGCGGUUCUCCAAGAGGGGCAACCCCCUCACCCCGUGGAAGUGCCCCAUGUACCCACAGCACCCUCCGAGCUAUGCCCUCCCCCGUUUCUAGCUCCCGACCACUGACUCACCCACCCAUGGGUCAAGGAGGUGAGCAGCUGGGAUCUCAGUCAAGAGCCCCAUUUGGGAUAUGCCUCAGCUGGAAGCUCAUACUUCACACCUGGAAACUCAAACGCUUCCCCCUGACACCGAGUCUCAGGCCAGCACUUCACCUACAGCCUAACAAACCCCGCCAGCUAGGUGCUGUCACCAUCCCCCUUGGCAAGUGGGGAACAGAGGCUCAGAAAGGCUAAGCCACUGCUCAUGGACAACAGCAUGGAGAGGCGGGGCCUGCAGGGUCUGUCACCUCCACAGCUCUGCUCCUAACCAUGGUGUGGGGCAGAGGGGUUUCUGCUGGCCACCUGGGCUUCCCAUAGUCACACUCAAGGUGACAUGCAUCUUUCCUCUGCUCCUGCCUCCUCCUCUUUUGCAGGUCCCUGAGCCCCCUGUGUCCCCUGGUGUUUCAGGAGGACCCUGCACUGUCUCAUUCAUGCUCAAGACAAAAUCUGCCACAGCCCAGCUCCCCUCUUGCACCUGCCCCGGCCCUCUGCAGGCCCUGCUGGGUGAAGCCAUGCCUCAUACCCAGCCAUAGAGAAAAGCAGGCCUCACUCCCUAUCACGCCACCCUCCAUCCCCAGGCAUCCAGGCCAUGUGGCUCAUGGCCCACUGCACAGAGUCUUCAGUGAAAAGGCACCAUUUUCACUCCCCAGGACUCAGGUUGGGGUCCUGGGGUCCUGGGGCCAUAGGCCAGGAGAUGGAUCCAAUAGGAAAACCUCGAAAGGCCUGACGAGAGGCUCCUCAACCACAGUGGGGCCCUUGCCUGUGGCUGGGCGGGGUGCCUGACACCGUCCUCUUUAGCAUCCCACCCUGCGCCUCCAGGUAGGACCGAAGAGAUGGGAAGUUUAAGUGGAAUGAAGGGAUCUAAGGCAUAAGCUACCCCCACUACAGACCAACAGACCUUUACCAAGUGGGCAAGCUGACAGCAGUUCAGCAAGGAGGAGACGGAAAUCCCACAUGUCGGGGCAGAGGCCAAGGGUAAAGAACCCCACAGGACAGACCAAGGAGCUUGACGUUUACUCCAAAGGCUCUAGGGGAGCCAGUGCAGAGUUCUGAGGGUGGCAGUAACAUGGUCAGUUUUAAAAAGAUCUCUGAUCACUUUUGACCCAACACUUCCACUUUUCCAACCUAAACUCAGCGAAAAAACCUGAGACCAGCACAGUAUUUGCAUAACGGAGAUGUCACGGGCGGCCUCCAUCGUCCUGCUCCUGUACCAGCACGUGGGUUUGCUCCUCAGCCCAGCCCAGCACCUGGAGAGCCCAGUGGAAGGCCCUCAACCAGCAGGAGCCCGAACCCUUUCUUGCAGCCUCAGUGGGAGAUGGGUGUGUGCUCCUGGCCCUAUGCAGGAUGGGCUGACAGCGAGGGGCUGGUGGGACAAUAAGACUAGUGCACCCACUGGGCGCGGUGGCUCACAGCUGUAAUCCCAGCACUUGGGGAGGCCAAGGUGGGUGGAUCACUUGAGGUCAGGAGUUCAAGACCAGCCUGGCCAACAUGGUGAAAACUCGUCUCUACUAAAAAAUACAAAAAAUUAGCUGGGUGUAGUGGCGCGUGCCUGUAAUCACAGCUACUCAGAAGGCGGAGGUGGGAGAAUCACUGGAACCUGGGAGGCGGAGUUUGCAGUGAGCCAAGAUUGUGCCACUGCACUCCAGCCUGGAGACAGAGCAAG